AUGCUACCGACGACUGACCUACUUCAGCAUAACCUCUACCUCCUGUCCAGGUGGUCUGCAAAUAACCGUCUGACGGUCAACCGGGUCAAAUCGUUGUAUCUGAGGUUGGGGAAGGGUGUUGAUGGGCGUACAUACACACUAGCCGGUAAACCGCUGCAUCCCACACCUACGAAGAAUCUCGGCGUAAUCUCACACUGCGAUUUGAAGUCCGUAAACAACAUGAGCAAGCUAUAUGGAAACGGACUGCGCAUGCUUUGGGCGCUCAAACGUAGCUUCUGUAUUUGGCCUGAAGAGAUUGCCACUCGCCUCUGCCAUCAUAAGCCAGGUGGUCGAGUACAGAUCACCCGUCUAUUGUCCGAUCACAUGUGGCGAGGUGCAAUGACUGGAACGUGUUCAGCAUGUGGCCACCAGGCUCAUCCCCAGUUUGCCAGGUGUGCCGUACGAAGACCGAUGGAAACGACCAGGGCUGUACACCCUGUCGGAUUGUUGGUUUAUAGUUGGCCUCAUUAUCACUCAUCGGGUAUUGUAUCUGAAUCACUUCCCCAUGCUGAGGCCACUACUUUUCCUUGCGUACCAAACAGCACUCGCGGGCACUGCUACAAGCUA